ACGACAACGCUGCGAUCGCGAAACUCUUCUUUGGCGUGAAAGGAAACAAAUGGCUUCCGGCAAAGACGUCUCGGGCGACUGCGCACAACCGGCACUAGACCCUUUCAAGAUCGACUGGCUCGACCUUUCGUCGUUCGGCUACCCAGACUCGCUUGGUCUAAGCGCGCUUCCCGGCUGCAGGUUCAAGGAGACGUGGAGGGACGUUGCACGAGACGUCGAGCACCUCAAGCUGGAGGACAUCAGCGACGUGUUCGUGCUGUGCACUCGCGGCGAACUGUCCCUCUACCGGGUCCCGACUCUGCUCGCAGAGUACGAGAAGCACGGAAUGACCGUGCACCACUACCCCGUGCUGGACGGAAUGCCUCCCGCCAUCGGCCAAACGCUGGACAUACUGCGCGAAAUCGGCGACAUCAUCCAACGUGGGAAACGAGCACUGGUCCACUGCUUCGGAGGUCUUGGACGCACGGGUGUAGUCGCCGCCUGUCUCCUCCUCAACUUGGACGACAACAUGGCGCCCGAGUGCGCUGUUCGCAAAGUGCAAGAGCUGCGGGGCAAACGUGCCAUACAGACAGUGAAGCAGUACAAUUUUAUUCACGACUUCAGGCAGGCUCGGGACGAGUACCUGAAAACGCUUGGCGACAACGCAAGCGCAUAGACUCUGCUGUUCUGGCAAGAUGGGACUCGGCCAGGGGUCGCAAUUACAGGCCUUCGCUAAAAUUGAACGCGGGAGCGUUAUGCCCUUGUCACCACUUGUGCGUCAUGUGUUACUGUGCAUAGAAUACGUAACGCAAAUGACGGGACAGGCAGUGCUGUGCGCAACGUGCAAUUAGCUGAUGACAUGCAAACACUGUUGGGGAAUGCAUUCGGCAAACUUUUUAACUACAAGGAAGUGCCAGAGUAGUCUGCCUCUGUUAAUGAGCACGAACUGCCGUGUUCUCUAGGUUAUGACUCGAGGCACUUGACCUGUGGAGAACCUCAUGUUCUGAAUUAUAAGUGCAUGAGACGUGUAUUCUAAGACCGGUGAAAGUAUUCAAAAAUGAAUUGUUUGUUCUGUGUUUGUAACUAAAUAAAUUUGCCAACAAACUGA